GUUGAUUUAGAUUCGUCACAAUGCCGUUUCGUAAUGUCUUCUAACGAUGCCACUAGCAUGCACUCGGGUCUGGAGUUCUUUGCGGGGCCGACAUGACAUGGCUUGAAGAUGGCUUGGCAGAAUUCGGCCUAUGCGGAAUUCCGAAUCUCAGCUUCAUGAACCCAUAAAAUGGAGGUCCUUGGCUUCAAUAAUUUAGGAUUCAAAAUCAUCAAGAUUCGUUGCUACAGUUUCGUUUCUCUUACAGAUUUCACAUCGACUGCUAUUGAAAGAUGGAGUCUGCCAAAGUACAGAGUUCCCCAAAACCUCCCUACAACAAUUAUUGGGUCGGCCUCGAUGAUCUGAAAUAUGUCCCGCCAUAUCUAAAAGAUGUCCCGGAGACACCCGAAGAGAUGACUUGCGUGACGAAAGGGACAUGGCCAACAUGGCUACAAGGAUCAUUUAUGCGAAUCGGCGCUGGAAAAUAUGUCAUCCCUCUAUCAGAAGAUGGCUCGAAGCCUCCAGCCAUCUUGCAGCACUUCUUUGACGGCUUGGGCAUGCUACACAAAUUCACAUUCGAGAAUGGCCAAGUACGUUACAUCAGCCGCCAUACUGCGGAGGGUGUUGUUCGACGAGCAAGGAGAGAAGGCUUCUUGUCUGUCACGAUGUUCGGUCUAAACGCAAACACGCCGCUGAAAGAUGCUCAAGAUCCGUGCUCGGCGCUUCUUGGCGCGCAGCAAUCUUUAUGGAUACCAAAUGGGCAUCUCGAACCAGAUGCAGCGAAUCUCAAUGUCGUGCCGCGCAGGGGAAUGCAUUUGCCAAAAGACACAAAUCCGCUAUCACGUGGGACAGCUUCUGAAAACCCCGAGGAGGAUGAGGUCAUGGUGUUCACCGACUUUAACAUGCUGCAAGUCUGCGAUGCAGAGACGCUAGAGCCUAAGAGACUACUCACAUACGCCGACAUAGACCCUGAGCUAUCCGGAUACGGCAUCUGUGCACACCCACCUAAAGACCGGAAGCUCGGCACCAUCUACAAUUAUUUGAUCUCAACGGAGGGCAUCAUGUCUGUCUUCGCUCUUGACUUCAAAUCCAAACCAGUCAAACUGCUGUGGAAGACUCCUCUGCCUUGCCCACCAUGUUACAUCCACUCCUUAGCUAUGACCCAGGACUAUGUCGUUUUCAUCCGCAAUCCUCUUCACAUGAAUAUCAGUGACAUGACAAGACAGGUGAUGGAAAUGAUUGAGUAUGAGGACGGAGAGACGACGAAGUUCUUCGUCUUGCGCAAAUCCGAUGGACAACACAUUGCCACCUUCGAAGCCCCCAAUUUUAUGUUCUUCCACUCGGUCAACGCAUACGACUACAUCGACAAAUCAACCGGAGACGUCAACCUACACGUCGACCUCUGCAGCUACGAAGGUGACUAUGUUACUUACCGAGAAUACAACCUCAGCAACGUCCUCGAGCCCGCUAGACCAUUCAUGGAUGCAACUUUGGUCCGAUAUGAGCUCUCUGCUGUGAACAACAAAGCCGAUGCGAGCAAAAUUCGACGGGCAACGGUGGCUCAAGCCAUCCCAGGGGCGCCGAUGGAGCUCCCACGAAUCCGCAAGGACAUGUCAAUGGUGCCCGGAUAUCGCUACGUCUAUGCAUGCGCCGGCAACGCCGGACCCAGUCCUGGGACAGAAGUAACCAUUGGGCGCUACGGAAACGGGAUUAAGACUGUGCAAGCUGCAUUCUUUGGCUGUAUUGGCAAGACAGACUGGCUCACGGGGAAAUUCAUCAAAUGGCAGCCGGAAGAUGGUGAGAGCUGUCCUUGCGAGCCGGUUUUUGUCGGUAGGCCGGGGUCAACGGAAGAGGAUGAUGGGCUGGUGUUGACGAUUGUCAUUGAUAGGAAGGGAACGAAGAGUAUUUUGGUUGCGCUGGAUGGGAGAGACUUGAAGGAAGUCGCGAGAGCUGAUAUGCCGCAGGUGUAUGCUCUUGGUCCUCAUGGGUCGUUUAUUGAGGGCAGCACAAUGUAGAGAGUGGACGGGCAAAUCGCUGGCUUUUGCAGUUGUGAGAUGCGAAGGACAGGUGCGACAUUUGAAAUUACCUUGUACGGUCCAACAACAUGGCGCAAUCUCUGCAGGGACAAAAGAAUUAAGUUUAUUUUCUUGUUGAGUCUCAACUACUGACGGUUUUAAGAUCUUCAUAUAAGUAUUGUCUAUGCCCUGUCUUCAAAUUGAAGUAGCAUACCU